AUGUCAUCUGAUGAAGACAUUCCUUCGACUGCGUCUCAAGGACGACGACAUACAAGGAGGCCUGUACGUUCGAGGAUUGAUGGAAAACAGGACACUCGAGCUGAACUUAAAGUUGAAGAGGUUCCGUCCUCACAAGAAGGCAAAGCUUCACAAAUUGGUCGACUCGCUCGGCAUCUGCUCUAUGCGACUGCAAAUGAGAAAGAUGGCGCUUUGAAAGACGUUGUAGCUCAAAAGGAGCAUUGCCUUUCAAAGAAGGAGUAUCCUUAUGUGUUAAGGCAAGCUAGUAGUGCUAUCAAGCACUCAUUCGGAUGCAAAGUUGUUCAUCGAGCCAAUCAAUCUCAUAUAGUUCGCACGGAGCGUAUAGAAGAGAAUUAUCCACUCGAUUCUACGGCCCAAGCCAAGAAGGGAUUGCUUUCCGCAAUUCUGAUGUUUAUUUUCGCAUCUAAGAAUAAGAAAACCAAUGUGUCCGCCAUAACGGAGACAGUGUUGAUAAGUUUCUUGAAAGCUCUCGGACUUUCCUACAGUAGUCCCGAUCCAAUUUUCGGUGAUAUCAAGAAACUUAUUUCACCAACGAGUUCCGCCGAAUUUGUUCAUGAAGGAUACAUAUCUUUUGCGAAAUGCUCUGAUCCUUGCGAAACUCAGGUGAUCAUGUAUGACUGGGGUCCUCGUGCCAUUCUAGCGUGCGAACCAAUGAUUAUGCUGAAUUCGUUCUGUUCUAUUCUGAAAGAUCCGCAGGUCAAUAAAUGGUCAAGUCAAGUAGAGACAGCGAAUGAGCUAGAAGAGGAAAAGAAACAAGUCAUAAAGAACUCUGAUCAUUACAUGCUUGAGGACAAGUAG